AUGGCUCCGCAACAGGCUAGUCAGUUCAACCUAGACCGGGUGCUUGAUAUCGUCCGGUCUCCCCUGACCCCAGUCCAAAUGUUUGCGAAGCUACGAGACAGUGGGUUGAUGAUACCCAUGUCCCAAGGCCAGGAAUACCUGCCUUUGAUCAAGGAUAUCUGCCUCCACAUUCUGCCAAAAUGUAAUCCGGAAGAAUUGGAAUACAUUAUCACUGGCUGCAUGAUGAACCUCACAAUUGUGCCUAAAACGGCCUAUGCAAACAAUCAUCAGGUACAUCGCCGCAUGAUUCAUCCUGAAGAAAGCAAGUUGAGACGAGUGCGCAUUGCAGUACUGUGGCUCAUCUACGGAAAGGCUGCCUUGAAGCAUAAGCAGGUGGUCCGUUUCUUGGAAGAUUUCCCGAAGGCACUAGAUGGCUUCCCACAGGAAGCUUCAGAGGGCAUGAAAGACAUCAUUGACUACCAGAAAAAGGUUUUCAAACAGAAGCGCGCCCCAAGUCUGGCUAUCGAUACAGAUGCUCGCAAGAAGGUUCCCAAGAAGACGCAUUCGGCCUCAGCCAAUGAUGAUGGAGACGAUCGGAUGGAUGAGCGUGAAGAAGUCGAACAACCAGAGACGCCAUCCCAGAUGGAAGACACGGUAUUGCCCAGUGUCGCAAACAGUCCCAUGGACUUUGAUUCCCCUGAAAUCAUUCGUUCCAAACGCCCUGCCGUGCCGACCGAAAACAAGUGUCCCAAGGAAGCUGUCAAAGUUGAAAAGCCCACAGAAAUCGACAACCCCUCUACUGAAACACCAAAGACGUCCAAAAAGUACGCCAUGGAUGUCUUCGCAACUCCAGCCAAGAUCAGAGCAGAGUGCCUGGCCGAAGCCGUCUCCAAUGCCACUUCGCAUACUCUGCGUGUGGCUUCUGAUCCUAGCACUCCGGUUCGUGGUGCAAGAGACGUCAGCCCGUCGUCACUAAUAAGACACAAGUCCGCCACGCCUGGUUUUGAAGAAAGUCUGUUUAUUGAACAAGAGACUUCUGUCCCGCAGGUUUCGGUUAAAACACCUGAUGCCACCAAGGGUUCCGAUUUCCGCACCGCAAAACAAAACUUUCGACGAAAUGUCAAGGCCACUAUUACUUCCAUGAUGGAUGUCAUGGAGCUUUCGAAGGAUAUGGAUAGGGAAGAAACCAUCAGGCUGAGCGACGAACUCGCCAUGGUUCGACUGCAGAUGGAAAUCAUGGAGGAGCGUAUGAAGAAUCUUGAAGCCUCUAUUGGGAUUGAGUAA